UCUCUGCGGCCGCUCUCGGCAGCUGUCCCCGGCUCCGGGCGGUGAGCGGGGCUCCGGGCUGGGGAUCCAGGGGGCUGGGGCUGCUGGAGCCCUGGGCCCACAGAAAGAUGGCGAACAUCGGCGACCUUCCCGAAGAUGUCCUGGUGGAACUCUUUUCCCUGGUCCCCGCCCGGGAGCUGAUCUGUAACUGCCAGCUGGUCUGUGUCCUGUGGCGGGAUGUGGUCAACUUAGCCACUGUGUGGAAACGCAAGUGUCAGCGGGAGGGCUUUAAUCAUGAGAAGUGGGACAAGACUAUCCAGGACUGGAAGAUCUUCUAUUUCCUCUGCAGCCUGAAGAAGAACUUACUCAAAAAUCCUUGUGCUGAAGAGAGCUUUCAGUUCUGGACUCUGAAAUCAAACAAGGGAGAUAAAUGGAAAGUCGAGGAUCUGCCUGGGCAACAUGGGAGAGACUUUCCCAGCCCACACGUGUGCAAAUAUUUUGUCACCUCUUACGGGCAGUGUCUAAAGUUUCAGCUCAUUGACCUAAAGAAAGAGGGUUACUGGGACCAGCUGAUGGAUGAAAUACGGCCUGAUAUUGUAGUCAAGGACUGGUACGCUGCCAGAUUUGACUGUGGGUGCCGUUAUGAGCUCUGUGUGCAGCUGCUCUCUGCAGACUACAUCGUCCUUCACAAGUUCUGUCCCGAACCAGUGAUCAUAGAGCAGUGGAGUGAUGCAGAGUGGAGAGAGCCUCUCCAUGACUGUAUUUUCAUACCCUGGCUGGAAUCUGCAGAGCAAGUGCUCCUGGUUGACACCAAGCCGCCUACAAGCUCUGCCCUCUGAAAUGACUUGUCUUCUCUGGGACUCCAUUUUAACCUUAUGCAUCUCGCACCAGGGACAUCAGCCAGGCCAAGCAGCCGAGUGUCUUUCCCACAGGAGGGAAUAUGCUCCGGGGCUACGGUCCGCUAAGAAAUCAGCCUCUUCAAAAAGGCCUGGCCUUGGCUGCAGCACAGGCAGCCAGAGACCCCGGCAGCAUCUCUUUAAAGGAGACCUUCAAAGGGGGCAGGGACUGAGGGUUGUGCCUGUGGGUUUCUAUAGAACAUCUGACAGGUUGAAGAGCUUGGUGGGGGAGGCAGAACUGGCUGCUACUACUAUUGUACCCUGAUCCAGAGCAAAGGGGGAUGCUGCCGGCUCCCUGUAAACCAGAAGUGGGCACCGUCUUUGGCCUGAGGGCCAUAUUGGGCUAUGGAAAUUAUAGGGCAGGCCCUGAAUUGCUCACGAAAUUGGGGGUAGGGGUGUGGGUUCUGGAGUGGGGCCUGAAAUGAGAAGUUCAGGGUGUGGGAGGGGGCUCCAGGGUGGGGUGCAGGGGGGGGCAGUGAGGGGAUUGGGAGCGCUGGAGUGGGGCAAACCCCAAGCCCGCUCCCCGGCAGGAGCUGAGGGCUGGAUUAAAUGGUCUGCUGGGCCGUAGUUUGCCCACCCCUGCUGUAAACAUAAAAUACAAUAAACCAGGGUGGUGAUAAAGGAAACCCGGAGUGGUCAUGAUCUGUGGUUAAGGCCUGAAAGGACUCACAGGGGACCAGCUGGGGACAGGGACCUUUGUUGUUUUCCCUAUGUUAGUGUCAGAAUUUUCAAGUCUCUCUUGGAGCACUUUGCUUUGGAACAUGAGCUCUCUCUCCCCCAGGAGUUAGGAUUGUUUUGAAUCUUAGAUGCAAAGCUCUUCAAACUGUUCAUUGGGCAGUGGCGUUAAACAUGUAAAUAGUCUGAAUUAAAUUGCUUUCUUGGUAUCUCUAAUCAAACAGCUGGGUUCUCCAGGCAGCCACAGAAGCUUCCCUGGAGAAUAAGGUGAGACUCCACUGUGUAGUGUGUAAAGCAACAACAAGUGCCAGGCCUCUUUGUAUGCUGAAAACAAAAACAACCCACUGGACCUAAGCCCUCUUUCCCCUGUAUGUUACUUUGCCAUAUUUCCCACAGCUUGGAAAGAAACUAGACCCGGAUUUCAGCCUUGGGUGGUCCUGAGUGCUGCAGAUUGAUUAAGUAAAAUGAAGCUGAUGGAAGCAGGUUGUAGCUCUAGAGAACUCUCUCCCUGUGCACUGGGCAUUAUUGCUUUUGUGUGUGGAUAGAGGGAAGGUGCAGGGUGAUCCUAGGACCAAGGAAAGGGAUUUGGGGUGGGGAAGAGAGGGGUUAUUUUUAUCUUCAUAAACUGUCUCUUACCCCUGAAGUGCUGAUGCUACUGGCUGGCCAAUAGGCGUGAAUAAAGUGAUAUGUAUAAUCCUA